AUGAAAUCCAUGUUAGAAAGUGAUGACUCAGAUUUGAGUGACGAUGAUGACACAAAAGAAACUUCAUCGGUUACCACUGUCAAUCAUCAUUCUACAGAAAGUAAUGUCACAACUCCUUCAAUGGUUGUCACUGCCGCUACUACCUCCACAGAAGAAUCAAAUUCUGUCACAACUUCCAACACUGAAACGUUGAAUCUUUCUGAAUCUGCACUAUUGUUACAACAACGUAGAAAACAAGAAGAACAAGCUCUUGAAAAAUUGAGACAAGAGCAAGAACAAGCUCAUUUAGAAUUAAAACAACUCGAAGAAACUAAGAGAAGAGAAGCAGAAGAACUGCAUCGAAAGAAACUUUUAGAGGAGGAAGAAGAACGAAAAUUGAAACAACAAAUUGAAGAGGAAAGAGCAUCUCUCUCUUCACAACUCACACAACUUUUAUCAGAAUUUAAUGAAUCUGGAAAAUUACAAGAGUGGAUUCGACAUGUGGAAUCAAAAAUGCAUCUAGUGACUUUGUUAAAAUCCGAGUUGAAACAAGCAAAAGAUUUACAACACAAUCAAACAUCGAAGCGAACGGAAUAUAACUCUAGUUUGAAUUUCCUUCUGGAUAAACAAAAAGAUCCAGAAAAGUUGUUACAACCUUAUGAAAUUGAACUCAUGAAAGAACGAGUCAAGAAUAUUUAUCCUUUGUAUUUACCAAAAUCAGAAAUUGCAAAAAUGGAAGAACAAAUUGCCCAAAUUGAGAAUACAGAAAAGAAAAAACGAGAAGAACAUCAACUCAAACUCGAACAAGAAGCUGCUGAAAAACUGAAAAAGGAGAAGGAACGCCAACAAUUAAUCAUUCUUCAACGAUUAAUUAAGGAUGGUAAUGUGAAAGUCAUUUCCGAUGAGCUCAAACGAAAUAAUCCACUCCUUCGUUCCAUUAAUUUGCAAAAUAAGAACAUUUCAAACGAUGAUGUCUAUGAAUUGGCAGAUGCUCUCGUGGAGAAUACUUGUCUCACAGAGUUGGAUCUCUCUUUCAAUACACGAGUGGACGAUGAAUGUAUGGAUGCUUUGGUGAGAAUUGUCAAGAAUAAUCAUACUUUGAGGAAGUUGUAUCUGGAAGAUACAUUCAUUCAGAACAAUCAGCCUUUGAUUGAUGCUGUGGCUGGUAAUUUCAAAUUGGUCGAUAUGGUGCUCUCGGAAUUUGCCACCGAUGAUCAAUUGGAUCAGUUGGACUUGUACUUGGAUAGAAACGAAGCAUUGUAA